UCGGCCACCAUGCCUUCAUUGUCGCGCACGUCGACAUUCCUCACUAUUGCCGGAGUCACUGUCCUCAGCGGCUUUGUUGCUUAUGCUAUCUAUUUUGAUUACAAGCGCAGGAACGAUGUUGAAUUCCGCAAGAAGCUGCGGAAGGACAAAAAACGCGUUGAAAAAACGACCACCGCCUCUGCGAGCACAGCAUCUCUCUCCUCGGGUAAUCGCGCUGAGGAGUUGAAAGCUGCAUUGGCCAAAAUCCGCGCCGAGCCACUGCCGGAUGGCACUCGCGAAAGAGAGCAGUACUUCAUGGCUCAGGCUAGUCUCGGGGAGCAGCUUUGUACACAAGGUCCCGCCUUUGCUGUCCCAGCAGCGCUCGCGUUCUACAGGGCACUCCGCGUCUACCCAACACCGGUUGAGCUCAUCAUGUUAUAUCAGACAUCGCUUCCCCCCGAAGUCUUUGCCAUCAUCUUGGAGCUUACCAACAUGGACGUCAAGGAGCGCGCCGAAGGCUACUAUGAUUUCUUCCCGUCGAAGUCUUGGAAUGUUCGAGUGCAAGACAAGGACGGCAAGAAAGUUUUGUUUGCAGAUAAAGACUUUGAGAAGGGUGACGUCGUCUACAAGGAAUAUCCCAUCAUUUCUGCUCUUGACUGGGAUUUGCUUGAGCAAGGGUCGCAUUGUGUCUACUGUUUGAAACUCGUCCACAAGGUUUCUGAGUACAGGCCCGAAAACGACCGUCUCAACACUGUUUAUUGCUCCAAGGACUGCUACACCAAGGCAAAACAACAAUACCAUGGAAUCCUCUUCACUCUGGACCCUCUGCUGCCACCCGAGAUGGCCGCCGAGAGUGGUGCCGCCUCACCGGAAGAGCGCGAGAAAGCGCAGGCAGCCCUUGUCGAGUAUCUCAAGUCAAACCAGAAACUUGCGAACUUCCUCGUCGCCAAGUGGGUAGCACUCCAGAUUACCAUCGAGACGUCAAAGGUCGUCCCAGGCGCCGUACACCCUGAUAAGGAUCUUCCGAAAUACAUCGAGGACGACGCUCCGGAGUACGCGAUUGGCGAUCACCUCGAACGCCUGCGGUACCUGGAUGCCUCUGUCACGCCUGAAGAGACUGAGGUCCUGCGCAAGGUUUUCGGUGCUGCACUUCCGGGUCUCGAAGGCUCGCUCACCGAGGACCGCCACGUUACGACAUUAGGCAAGAUGCUGUACAACGCCAUCGGCAUCUGCUACUCCGGCGGCAGGGACGACAAGCCUCAGCUCGCCGAGCGCCCGGAAGAUCAAGAGAGGACUCGCACCCCGUAUGGUACUUCGCGCCAGAUCGGCAGUGGUCUCUUCCUGGUCUCCUCUUACAUCCAACACUCCUGCGAUCCAUCCGUUCGCCCCUCCUUCCCCGGCGGCACCAACAAACUCUGCCUCAUGGCGACACGCGCGAUCAAGGAAGGCGAGGAGCUCACCAUGGCGUAUGUCGACGUCACGCAGCACGAGGGCGAGAGCGCCGAGGAAGCUCGCCGCCGCCGCCGUCACGAGCUCGCGCGCGGCUGGCGCUUCAAGUGCGAGUGCACGCGCUGCCUCGCGGAACAGACCGAGGGCAGCGUCGAGGUGGACCUUGGCGUUACCGCAGAUGAGUCCAAGAUCGAGGACGCUGCGGCGCGCUUUGAGGCGAAGAAGGCCGAGGCCGAGGCGCCCGAGACAGACUGAUUCUUUCAAGGCGGGUUGUAUAUGCUUAGACGUUGCUCUAUUAUAACCGUAGUAUAAUAAAUUCACUGCAGCUCAAAAACGUGGUGAGACGACAAUUUUUC